AUGCACGCCUACCAAGGCAACCUCACGGACCCGUCCGAUCCGUCCCCCGCGGCUUUCAAUUCCGACGACGGCCGCUUCCGCGACUUUGACGUUGCCGGCGUCGGUCUCGGGUUCCACCACUUUGAGGACCCGGAGCUCUCGGCCCGCCGGCUGGUGGAGAGGCUGAGACCGGGCGGCGUGUUUAUUAUUCUCGAUUUCCUGCCGCACGAGAAGAUGGAUCACGCGUUGCCUGCUGCGCAUACCGUUAUGCACCACGGGUUUUCGGAGGAGAGGAUGAGAGCCAUCUUUGAGCAGGCUGGUGCUGGAUGGAGGAGCUCGGGAGUGGUGUUGUUUUUGGGGGGCAUGGGCAUGGGCAUGGAGGACACGACCAUGGACACGAUCAUGGACACGGGCAUGAGGGGCAUGAGGGGCAUGAUCAUGGAGAGGAAAAGGGACAUGACCAUGGCCAUGGCUCGGAGCAGGGGAUGA